AUGGACGAGAUGUGUGUCACGGCAACAACGAUUUCGGGCGAGACUAUUGUCCUGGACACAAGUGCUCCGAACAUGUACGGCUUUCAUCCCGGACAAAUUGUACACUUCACAAAGAGUCUCCGGAAUGGCAAGGUGGCUCUCAUUCGCGGCGUCAGCGAUGGACUCAUUUGGUUUGCCGUCUUGCCCGAUGUCACUAGCGCAGCCAGUGAGGAGGCCCUGCAGGCGCCUGUCAGCACGGUGAGCUGCCGAGUUAAGGAGGAGCUUAUUCGUCAGUAUGGGUGGAUGGUUGACGAAACCUGCAACCCGUAUGCUGCGUGUUCCCCGGCCUCGAUUUAG